GCCAACAGAGGAGCUAUAACCCGACUUUCUCUUAAAACCUUGUUCAUAACGAAAAUCACACAAAAUGAAUAACUACUGGCAAUAUAUAUUGGUCCUAUGUCUCUCAGACUGGAUUUCAUUCAUCCAUGGAGCGUCUAUAAAACCCACAGCGAUACCAAUAAGUAAUAUAAAAGCUCAACUGGACAUGGCUCGCAGGGCCUCAAUAGCUGUGAACACUACUUUACACACCUUUUGCCACAACACUCCAUUGGCAUCUGCGGUAAGCUGUCCUCACUUUAUUCAUAUGCUACUCAACCAGACGGAACUUACAUUCCCUCAGCUCUACAUUCAAGACAAUAUCACAAUCGCGCAGACAGAUUUAGUCAAGGUAUGGGCAUAUUAUCAAACAUAUUUUCUUGAAAUAUUUAUACACUUUCUAUCUAAACUCGAUUCUAUAUUUUAUAAGAAAUCUCAAUCAUUGUCGAAUAAAAUUCAAGCUUCUCACAAUUCUUUAUUACAGAUUGCUCUAUCCAAUAUGUCUGCAACCCUCAGUCAAUAUGUUACUGUGUUGAAGAAUCAGACGGAAAAAGAAUAUAACCAGCUGUGUGCCCCUGCCAAACGUAUAGAGACAGAGUGUCAUUAUCCCGCUGCCUGUUCUAAACUCACUCCCACAUCUGAUGCCAUAUUUUAUUGUUACUUAAAACAAACACUUUCUUACCUGGUUGAUACGAUACUUUUCCUGGAUUCACCGAUAUUUUCAAACAUCAAACAAAAUGUCGAAGUGGAUGACAGUCUUUUGCUACCGGACGAUGUGCCAAUAAUCCAGCAGCGAUGGUUUACCAUAAUUACACUCCAUACACUUCAUGAAAAUAUAAACCACAUUCAAAAUACUCUAGAAUCCUUUAUGUAAUUACUUCCUGUUAUA